UCGCUGUCGUGCUCACCCUGACCUGCAGGGGGCGGCAGAGGCCAGAACGUGCAGAAACACGCAGAAGAAGAGGCAGCAGCAGCACGUGAGCGGGUUCUGGCAGCAUGUCUCCCCCAGGAGGGAAGAUCAACAGACCGAAGACGGAGCUCGGGAAGAAGCUCUUCAAGCGGCGGAGGGUUCAGGGCCGCGAGAGGAGGAGAAAGCACCGCGUGGUGGGGGCCGUGGUGGACCGGGGGCUCAUCACGGUGCACCACCUGAAGAAGAGAAGGUCCAGCGCCAGGUCCAACAUCACCCUGUCCGGGAAGAAGAGGAGGAAGCUGCUGAAGCAGCUGCAGCACGUGCAGGAGGAGAAGGCCGCCAUGGACGUGGGAGCAGCAGCUCCUCCUCACAGGAAGCAGGACGCCUCCUCCUCCUCCUCCUCCUCUGCGGGUCAGAAGAGGAGGAGCAGGUCUGGACCCCAAGGAGAUGUGGAGAUGCUGGACGCAGAGUGAGGAGGUGAAGAACGGGCCAGCGCCGGACAGGAAGUUCCUGAGUGAGGAGUACGGAAGCCUGUGUGCCAAAAUCCUGGUCGCCUUCUGCUGAGAACGUUCUCAGGUUCUACUGCAGGACCCGGUUCUGGACACGGAUUUAAGGACUUGGACUCUGAGAUUCAUUAGUUUGUGUGCAAACAGUAUAGAAUAAAUAAUAACAUUGAUAAGUUAAA